GCAUUUACCAGCUGAUCAGUGCUGAUCUUGCCACAGCGCAUACUGGACGAAUUGUGAACGUAAGCGUGGUGACGAAGAAGCGUGCAUUAAGAACAAUUGGAAACGUUGUGUGGUAAAAUUUAGAGUGGUCUUUUAAGAUACACAAAUAAUAGUUUUUUUUAAGCGAAAAAAGUGUAUUUCUAUGUCAUGUCCUGAAGGAUCGUGCAUAGGGGAUAGCUGUACUGCAUUUUGUUCAUGUCCAUUGAACUUUGCUGUGUGAAAUGAAUUACUGAUAAAGUACAACAAAAUCGUUCAAAUGUGAUGAUUUGAAAUAUACGUUAACUGUGAAUAAUGUGUAUAACCCACGAGGACUGGACGUUAGCACAGAAUUUCAAAAACUUGUGCAUAGUAUCGAUUUGAAUUAAGUUCAUGAUCGAUUGUAGUAGCUUCCUACAAACAACUAAUACAUAUUGUACGCUUGCUCUUAAGCCAUUUUGAAUUUAUUUAUUUUCUAUUCGAACACGCAUUUCGGCGAAGUAUAGCGGUAACUCGUGCCUUACUAAUUUACAUGCAAAAUUGACCGACUAUCAAAUUAAAAAUAGCAGAAAAAUGAAAGUUGCUGCAACAGAAAGCUGAAACCGUAAGGCCAAAAAAUAUCGGCCGGUUACACAAACCGAGGGAAAUUAACCUACCUAGCACCAUAGUUGGGGUAUCCGGAUUCUCACGAUUAUCCAACGAUCUUCACAUUGGAUAACACAGCUUCACCGUUUCGACAAUGUGCUAAGACGCUCCGCCGAGUGCCCGGUGAAAGGCUAAGGAAUGGGUUACCUUAUAACACAGGCACCGUUUGCUCUGUUUGCUGGAAAUUCAAUUGAACACAGAAGAUGGGUUUUCAUCGGCUUGAAGUGCAUACCAUUUGGUGAAAAUGAAAGGCUAAUCCCAUCAACUAUGUGCGGUGCAUGAUCAUGAACAUUGAAGUACGAAAUGUACUCACCGCAAGGAAAGUGAAAGUAGUAUUGCAAGUAUUUUGGUUAGGUUGUUUAGUUUUAGUUUCGCCGUCGCCGAGAUUAAACUAGUAAGCAUGUGUGUCGUCUGAUUUUAGGAGUGUGUACAAUCUAUUAUGAUAUCGCAAUCUAAUAUGCUAAAUUAUUAACAAAAAAACGAGAUUAGUACUCUCUUUACAAAUAUCAUUAUUAUUAUUAUCUGACCUAGGUUGAACUAUUUUCAGCUGUCCUUUUAUACAACUCACAAAUAUAUUUUAUCUUCUUAAAGGGUUUUCAAUGAUGCUGAUCUUUUUUAAUUAUUCUUUCUACGAUCAGAAUGAACGUGGAUCUUGUUUACAAAUUAUAUGUGACUGUCGGCUCUUUUCAUUAAGUAAUCACCUUGAAUUCUCUAAUGCACCUCCCGCGUCGCACAAAUGAGGGUACCUGAGGCAUAGCGUGGCUUCCACCAUAUUGAGCACAUUGAUUGAGCAGCAAGGGCAUGAAACGAUCUGUUUCUCAACUGUGCUGGAAUGUGAUUAAGAGAUAAAUCAACUCCUCAGAGGAUAUCACCAAAUGUUGCUCUUUUCUCCAAACUUUGGCUAAGCCAUCCAAAAGAGACAUGAAACAUAGAAGUAUUAUCAGUGAAAAAUGCCAUUAAACUUGGUAUUAGUUGAGAUCAUUGUGAAGGGACUAUGAUAAGCUACUAAAGUGACGUAAACCCGUUGGAUGAAAUCGUCGCGCCAAUCGAUGAGCUCGAUUGUCCUGCAUUCGAAGCAGCUGAAUCAUACUACGCUUACGCUAUGAGACGAAAUGUGAAAGUGUUCGGACUCGUUUCCAUCACCUGGAUUGUGGUGGUGAUCUACUAUUUCCAGGGCGACUACUAUCACAAUGACGGGAAUCGUGCGCUGCGUUUGCGCAGCAGUAAAAUGAAGCACUCCGCCUCGGAACACUAUAAUGGUGGAGGUAGCGAGGCACUAACGCAUCACAACGACGAACAUCAGAGCGUGUUGAAGAGUGCAGCAGAAAGUAAUGCUGCCAUCGUCGGCAGCAGUAGCAGCAGCACCAGUAUCAGCAACGGCCACAACCUUCAUAGCAGCAAUAGCAAUAGCAUUUUUAGUUACAAUGCUCCACCCAUGACCUGGGACUAUUUUGAUGAGGCCAGCUACAUACAGAAGGGCGGUCUUCAACGGGGCGAAGAUCCGUACUUAAGGAACCGUUUCAACCAGCAGGCGAGCGAUGGGUUGAAGAGCAACCGAGAGCUGCCGGACACUCGCAAUGCCAUGUGCCGCCGUUCAAGCUGGUCGGAUCUCAGUACCAUCGCGCAUCUGCCAGCAACCAGUGUGAUCAUUACGUUCCACAACGAAGCUCGCAGCACAUUGCUACGAACGGUGGUCAGUGUGCUCAACCGCUCGCCCGAAAGACUGAUCCACGAGAUAAUUCUUGUGGAUGACUAUUCCGACUUUCCCGAGGAUGGGCAGGAGUUGGCCAAGAUUCAGAAGGUGCGCUUGAUAAGAAAUAGCAAACGCGAGGGAUUGGUAAGAUCACGGGUUACUGGUGCUGCCGCCGCUACGGCAAAGGUGCUCACCUUCCUUGACAGUCACUGUGAGUGUAAUGUGAAUUGGCUCGAACCGCUGCUGGCACGUGUAUCGGAAGAUCCAACACGUGUCGUGUGCCCGGUGAUUGAUGUGAUCAGCAUGGAUACGUUCCAGUAUAUAGGUGCUUCGGCCGAUCUGCGCGGCGGCUUUGAUUGGAAUUUGGUGUUCAAGUGGGAGUAUCUGAGCAAUGCAGAACGUAAAGCGAGACAGCGCGAUCCUACGGCCCCAAUACGCACGCCCAUGAUUGCGGGUGGACUGUUCGUGAUCGAUAAGGCGUACUUCGAGCGUCUCGGCACCUACGACACGCAGAUGGACAUCUGGGGCGGUGAAAAUCUAGAAAUCAGCUUCCGCGUUUGGCAGUGUGGCGGCUCGCUGGAAAUCAUACCCUGCAGCCGGGUGGGGCACGUGUUCCGCAAGCGCCAUCCCUACACGUUCCCCGGUGGGGGGAGUGGCAACAUUUUUGCCAAAAACACUCGCCGCGCAGCAGAAGUGUGGAUGGACGAGUACAAGAAGUACUACUACGCGGCCGUUCCGCUCGCUACUAACAUUCCGUUCGGUGACAUCGACGAUCGAUUGCAGCUGCGAAAGGAACUGCAAUGUAAGCCAUUCCGAUGGUAUCUGGAACACGUGUAUCCUCAGCUAGGCAUACCGGAACGCCGCAACAAUGGCAGCAUCCGGCAAGGCGUGUACUGUCUGGACAGCCUGGGCAAUGUGGCCGGUGCGGUGGUCGGGCUGUACAGCUGUCACGGCAACGGUGGCAAUCAGAACUGGGUACUUAAUAGAAAGGGGGAGCUCAAGCAUCACGAUCUCUGCCUAACGCUGAUUAAGUUCACGAUCAGCGCACGGUACAACAGCGUGCUGAUGAAGUACUGUGACGAUUCGGAGAACCAGCAAUGGCACCUGAAGGACGGGGGACUGAUACAGCACAGAAAGAUUAAUGUAUGUUUAGAUUCGCGACACAUGAAGGAAAGGGGCAUCACGGCGGAACGGUGCAACUCCGCACUCGAAUCACAGCACUGGAAGGUUGUUACGGAGGUGCAAUAAAUCGCCCGACACGGGGGGCGGGGACGAAGAGGGGUUUCUUACUUCAGUCAGUGGGAUGUAGUCCAUGUUCUUUGUUGUUAUAUACAUACAUUCUAUUCAAAACCAAUUCAAUCUCCUGAUAUGCAGAUAUUAGAUAGUACGAAAGCGUAGCAUUGUGACACUAUAGAGUUUAAGAGAAGAUAAGGUAUGAAGCGUGGUUCGAUUCAAUCUUUUGCAUCAAACGUAGGUGUACAUGCAUUUGCAGAUAAAAAAUAAAAACACCACCACCCCCACCCUUCCCCUCACAUACACCAACUGCAACACAUAAUAAGUUAAGAAAAUCGAAAUGAAUUCUCGCUGUAACGACGCAAGUGCAACCCUUUUUAUUGUAUUUCCAGUUUUUUUGUUACAAAACAAAGGAUAACAGCUAAGGAACGAUCAGUAAAACAUUCAGGAAUAGUUUUGUCCUGUAUGAAACACG